AGCAAACUCACAUCCCCUGUAUCUAUAAAUGUCAUUUUUGUCUAGCCACCAUUUAAGCAAAUAUGGUGAAUUCUGAGUCCCAUUCUUCAAACGACCAAGUCCCGCCGCCGUCCACUUGUUCUCCACAUGUAGGCGAUUGCGAAGAAGCCGUGAAUAAACUGAUGGAGUGUGCGAUGGCUCUUCCCAAGGUGAAGGAACUCAGUAAAAAAGUGGUGACUGAGGUUUUCAAAGCCGCAGAUUUACACGACGACGAAGAAGUUAAGUUUUCUGACUACAUGAAAGGAGGUGCUUGCAAAGAAUCAUUUGUGGCACUUGCAGAAUGCCCUGAUGAGUAUAAGCAGAAGGCCAUGUUGGAGUGUAUGGAAGCCCACUCUGAUUACUAUCAUAAUAAGUAUAAAGAGAUUAUUGACGGAGAAAUUGACAAGGGAACGUUGAAGGAACUUGAAUCCACCUUUCCUGGAGGAGAAGUCGAAGUCUUUUUGGGGAUUCAUGAGUUCUUCACCAAAGGAGAAGGAGGUUGUUGCAAAGAACAAUAUCUGGCUUCUGUCGAUUGCGUCAUAGAAGAAGAAGAAGAUCAAUCUGAUCCUUUGUUGACUACUUUUACUAAAAGGCUUUUUAGGUUCCUUUAAUUGUUCGCUUUUUUUUUUCUAUUAUAUUUGUUCGUUCCCUUUUAAUGGUUGAGUCUUUUCUUC